CUUCUGUCUCUUUCCGCUGUUGUGUUGCCUGAAAGGCAUGACCCGUGAUGCCCGUGGCACGUCAGCGCAGCAUACAGAGACGCUCAAUAGUUCUUACAGUCAAGUGGCUUUUGGCAGGAACAUCAAGUUCAAACAGAAAGAGCAAGAAAAUGGAACCAUGUGUGCAUAUCGCAUUCUAGACAGGGCUGAAGAGGGGCGACUGUGUUUUCGACAGACUUUAUUAAACUUCACCUGUGAUAGUAGCACCUGCAGGCAGGUGAAAUCACCGGGAGGACACCUAGUCGCCAACCUGCUCUCCAACAGCACUGUGCUGCUCCAGUGGACAUACCUGCUGGCCAGAGAGACGCAAGAUGGAUUAGAACAAUUUCUGGAAAAUGUCGAGAUCCCUUCAGGACCUACAAAUCUUCGAGGUGCCGGGGUGGACGGAACAUCUCCACCCGGUCUGCCACAGAGCCUGCCACAGGGCCACCAGGAGCCUCAGGGAGGCUUCAGAAUGAGCUGCAGGUGGAACGGCAGCUACACGCAGUUCGAAUGCGCCAGUGUGCACUUGAGCAGCGGCUGCAGGGACUACUUACUGAGCGAACUCCAUGAAAACGUACCCUACCGAAUCUGCCUGCAGCCAGCGCUUUGGGACGGGACCCCUGAGUGCGUGGAGUUCAGCCUGUCGCCCACAGGGAUGCAGGACAUCGUGAUCGCGAUGAUGACGGUGGGUGGAGCUAUCUGCGUGAUGCUCGUCAUCAUCUGCCUGCUGGUGGCGUACAUCACGGAGAACAUCAUGAGUCCCGCCGUACAUCACGCGCUGGCGGUUCAGCAAUCCUGCCGCUCGCACAACACAUACCUCUAA